AUGGUGCCAGAACCCAAGGUGAAGCGACCCCGCCGAACCAACACUGGUGGCAUUGCUUGGGCAUUGAGUGAAGUUAGAACGCAGCUGGAAACCAUUUGCGAUGUUGAAGGGGUCCGGGAGCUCUUGGAUCGCUUCCCCAACUGCGUCUUACUGGGCGGCAUCUCUGCACGCCGGGAGCUAGUGGCGGCCUUGCUGGGUGAGACUGCUGUGGCACAAGCUGCCGCUGCGGCACCAGAGGCUGAAUUUUGGCUGCGUGGCGUGCAGAAUGCAACACAACAGGCUCUUGGCCAGCGUUUGAAGCUGGACUCCCUGCGCCUUCGGCUGUCUGCAGCAGGCUGCACCAACUUGGACGUCAUCGACUUGCCCGAAAAAUGCAGCAACAGCCACUUGGUUGAUGUCCCGUUGAAGAUCGAGGUGCGCCAGCUGAAGAUUCUGAUUUUGGAUGAGGAGAUGCGUGUGAAGCACGUGGGUUCCAAUGCCAACCUCCUCGUUUGCUUGGAACCUGGUCCGCCACUUGAGCUCUGCAAGAGGUUCGACCCCAAGCUUUCUCGUACUGUGCUGGUUGGUGCUGCUGCCUCCAACGUCAGUGCAGGAGUUGAUGAUUCCCUGCCACCGUCCAUCCUUUGUGGCCCCGAUGCUGCUGGGUGCCUGGAGGAGCGAUUCGCCAACCUCUGCAAGGAGCGCGCGCCGCAAUGGAUGUCUAGCUUGGAGCGCUUAGAGCUACGGCUUUUGAAGUCAAGCAAAGAAGCGAGAGAAUCUGAGCAGAAGGAAAGCACUUUGGAACUUCUCACCAGAGCCAGAUCGGCUGGCUUUUCCUUCAGCCGCGCACUUCAAGAAGUCAUCCAAGGGACUCCCGGAUGCAAUGCUGGUGCUUUGACUCUGGAGGAGGAGCUCUUAGAUUUCGCUCGCUGUGCUGCCAAUGGGCAGUGUGGGGCAGGGGACUUCUUGCUCGGGGAGGAUGCUGCAGCGGCUGCGGCAGCAGUCUUUGGGACCUUCGGGGGUGUGGAAGGCUACAGUGCCUACCUUCGGAACAAGGUGAAGAUUCCCGGCUCAGACGUGGCUUUGAACGGUGGGGCCAGCUGGCGGCGGCUCUUGGCAGAGGUUGAAGUGGCAGUGCGCCUUGCUCAUCCACCAGAGGACUCCAUCAAGAACAUCGCCGUUGCAGCCAUUUGUGCAGGAGGUACUGGUGUCCAUGGUCAUCAGCGCUGGGAGGACGUGUCCUCCAAGCUGAUGUUGACUUUUGCCUUUGAGCCGCUCUUGCAACGCCUCCGCUAUGUGGCCGCGAGGGUGAUUUGGCUCUUGCGGCACCAAAAGUUAGCCGUCUCUGAGUGGAUGUCCUUCCUGGCUGAGGGGCCUGGUGCCAGGAUCUCUUCCCCGCUCUUCACUCAGCACCUCACCGUCAUGCGCUCCUCUCCGAUUGUCCGUGAUUUGGUCUACGAUGCCUAUGAUGGCGCAGUUGGAGCUGUAGGGGAGCAGCUGAUGAAGAAUCUUACCGGCACAUUGACUGCAGCGUGCAUCAAUCCUGAGCUCAUGUUGAGGUGCAGGGUGGUUAGUUUGGGGUUCCAAAGGCGAAGAAGAACUGCUGGAGCUGAACUACGAACAAAUUGCCAACAAUACUGGAAUGAUGGCCUUAGCAUUACGUGGCAGGGCAGGGGGAUUAUAAAAUAUUUACACAGCUGGAUAAGAGGGAACCUCGGCAAUAGCAUGUACUACCUUAGACUUACACUUGUGUCAAUCUCAUUUUGUUUACUGUAUUGUAUACUGUAUUCUUAUGUUCUGCCAUUGACCUUUCCCAUUCCAAUCACCCUGGUGCCAGGCCGCAAACCGAAACAGAGCUGGACUUGA